GGAGUGCCCCUGUAGCUAGCUAGUGUCGGGCCUGGUGGGGUGUUGUAUGGUUGUGGCCAGCUGUGGAAGCCCUUUGUAGUCCUUCGGAAGAGCUGGAGCUGGGGAAGGGAGGAAUAGGCGGAAUCUACAGAUGCAGGACCUAGGGAGGCUUCUGUAGGUCUGGGAAGACCUGAAUUGAGAAGGCUGGUGUCCCAACAUGGUGAUAGAUGCUGGCACUGCUGGCCCCCACCUGGACAUGGUCUUCUGUUGUGAACUUUCUGAAGACUUAAAAAAAUCCCAGCAUGUCUUGGUUUAGCGGCCUCUUGGUCCCCAAAGUGGAUGAACGGAAAACAGCUUGGGGUGAACGCAAUGGGCAGAAGCGCCCGCGCCACGGGGCUCGGGGCAGUGGCUUCUGCACUCCGCGAUACAUGAGCUGCCUGAAGGAUGCGGAGCCGCCCAGCCCCACGCCGGCAGCUCCCCCUCGGUGCCCCUGGCAGGAUGAGGCGUUCAGGAGGGCUGGCCCCGUCAAGGGCAUGGAGCUGGGGCUGCGCGCAGUGGCCCUGGGGUUUGAGGACACCGAGGCGGCGGCGGCGGGGACAGCGGAGGAGGCCCCCGAGGAGGCGCUCAGGGGCCGGUCCUGCUGGCGCCGCGUGGCGCGGGUGUUCCAGUCGAAGCAGUUCCGCUCGGCCAAGCUGGAGCGCCUGUACCAGCGCUACUUCUUCCAGAUGAACCAGAGCAGCCUGACGCUGCUCAUGGCCGUGCUGGUGCUGCUCACGGCUGUGCUGCUGGCCUUCCACGCUGCACCCGCGCGCCCGCAUCCUGCCUAUGUGGCGCUCCUGGCCUGUGCCGCCACCCUCUUCGUGGCGCUCAUGGUGGUGUGUAACCGGCACAGCUUCCGCCAGGACUCCAUGUGGGUGGUGAGCUAUGUGGUGCUGGGCAUCCUGGCGGCUGUACAGGUCGGGGGCGCGCUGGCAGCCAAUCCACACAGCCCCUCGGCAGGACUUUGGUGCCCUGUGUUUUUCGUCUACAUCACCUACACGCUCCUACCCAUCCGCAUGCGGGCUGCUGUGCUCAGUGGCCUGGGCCUCUCCACCUUGCAUUUGAUCUUGGCCUGGCAACUCAACCGUGGCGAUGCCUUCCUUUGGAAGCAGCUCGGUGCUAAUGUCGUGCUAUUCCUCUGCACCAAUGUCAUUGGCAUCUGUACACACUACCCGGCUGAAGUGUCUCAGCGCCAGGCCUUUCAGGAAACCCGUGGUUAUAUCCAGGCUCGGCUGCACUUGCAGCAUGAGAAUCGCCAACAGGAGCGGCUGCUGCUGUCAGUGUUGCCCCAGCAUGUUGCCAUGGAGAUGAAAGAAGACAUCAACACCAAAAAGGAAGACAUGAUGUUCCACAAGAUCUACAUCCAGAAGCAUGACAAUGUCAGCAUUCUCUUUGCCGACAUUGAGGGCUUCACCAGCCUGGCCUCCCAGUGCACUGCACAGGAGCUGGUCAUGACUUUGAACGAGCUCUUUGCCCGCUUUGACAAGCUGGCUGCGGAAAACCACUGCCUGAGGAUCAAGAUCUUAGGAGACUGUUACUACUGUGUGUCAGGGCUGCCUGAGGCCAGAGCAGACCAUGCGCACUGCUGUGUGGAGAUGGGAGUGGACAUGAUUGAGGCCAUCUCACUGGUGCGUGAAGUGACGGGUGUAAAUGUGAACAUGCGCGUGGGCAUCCACAGUGGACGAGUGCACUGUGGAGUCCUUGGCCUUCGGAAAUGGCAGUUUGAUGUGUGGUCUAAUGAUGUGACCCUGGCUAACCACAUGGAGGCUGGGGGUCGGGCUGGCCGCAUCCACAUCACCCGGGCCACACUGCAGUAUCUGAAUGGGGACUAUGAGGUGGAGCCAGGCCGCGGUGGUGAACGCAACGCAUACCUCAAGGAGCAGCGCAUUGAGACCUUCCUUAUCCUGGGGGCCAGCCAGAAACGGAAAGAGGAGAAGGCCAUGCUGGCCAAAUUGCAGCGGACACGGGCCAACUCCAUGGAAGGGCUGAUGCCACGCUGGGUUCCUGACCGUGCCUUCUCCAGGACCAAGGACUCCAAGGCAUUCCGCCAGAUGGGCAUUGAUGAUUCCAGCAAAGACAACCGAGGUGCCCAAGAUGCCCUAAACCCCGAGGAUGAGGUGGAUGAGUUCCUGGGUCGUGCCAUUGAUGCCCGCAGCAUUGAUCAACUUCGUAAGGACCACGUGCGUCGAUUCCUGCUCACCUUCCAGAGAGAGGAUCUUGAGAAGAAGUACUCACGGAAGGUGGAUCCCCGCUUUGGAGCCUAUGUUGCCUGUGCUCUGUUGGUCUUCUGCUUCAUCUGCUCCAUCCAGCUUCUCAUAUUCCCACACUCCACCCUGAUGCUUGGGAUUUACACCAGCAUCUUUGUGUUGUUGCUGAUCACCGUGCUGAUCUGUGCUGUGUGCUCCUGUGGUUCUCUCUUCCCAAAGGCCCUUCAACGACUGUCCCGCAGCAUUGUCCGCUCGCGGGCACACAGCACUGCAGUUGGCAUCUUUUCCGUUCUGCUUGUGUUCAUCUCUGCCAUUGCCAACAUGUUCACCUGUAAUCACACCCCCUUACGGACCUGUGCAGCCCGGAUGCUGAAUUUGACACCUGCUGACAUCACUGCCUGCCACCUUCAACAGCUCAAUUACUCUCUGGGCCUGGAUGCCCCCCUGUGUGAGGGCACCGCACCCACCUGCAGCUUCCCUGAGUACUUCGUCGGGAGCAUGCUGCUGAGUCUCUUGGCCAGCUCUGUCUUCUUGCACAUCAGCAGCAUUGGCAAGUUGGCCAUGACCUUUGUCUUGGGGCUCAUCUAUUUGGUGAUGCUUCUGCUGGGCCCCCCAUCCACCAUCUUUGACAACUAUGACCUACUGCUUGGUGUCCAUGGCUUGGCAUCUUCCAAUGAGACUUUUGAUGGGCUGAACUGCCCAGCUGUAGGGAGGGUAGCACUCAAAUACAUGACCCCUGUGAUUCUGCUGGUGUUUGCGCUGGCACUGUAUCUGCAUGCCCAGCAGGUGGAGUCAACAGCCCGCCUGGACUUCCUCUGGAAACUGCAGGCAACAGGAGAGAAGGAGGAGAUGGAGGAGCUCCAGGCAUACAACAGGCGGCUGCUGCACAACAUUCUGCCCAAGGACGUGGCUGCCCACUUCCUGGCCCGGGAGCGGCGCAAUGAUGAGCUCUACUAUCAGUCGUGUGAAUGUGUGGCUGUCAUGUUUGCCUCCAUUGCCAACUUCUCCGAGUUCUAUGUGGAGUUAGAGGCAAACAAUGAGGGUGUCGAGUGCCUGCGGCUGCUCAAUGAAAUCAUUGCUGACUUUGAUGAGAUCAUCAGUGAGGAGCAGUUCCGGCAGCUGGAGAAGAUCAAGACCAUUGGUAGUACCUACAUGGCUGCCUCUGGGCUGAAUGCCAGCACCUAUGAUCAGGUGGGCCGUUCCCACAUCACUGCCCUAGCGGACUAUGCCAUGCGGCUCAUGGAGCAGAUGAAGCACAUCAAUGAGCACUCCUUCAACAAUUUCCAGAUGAAGAUCGGGUUGAACAUGGGUCCAGUUGUGGCUGGUGUCAUUGGAGCCCGGAAGCCACAGUAUGACAUCUGGGGGAACACGGUGAAUGUCUCUAGUCGUAUGGACAGCACAGGGGUCCCUGACCGAAUACAGGUGACCACAGACCUGUACCAGGUUCUAGCUGCCAAGGGCUACCAACUGGAGUGUCGAGGGGUGGUCAAGGUGAAGGGUAAAGGGGAGAUGACCACCUACUUCCUCAAUGGGGGCCCCAGCACUUAGCAGAGUGCAGCUACAGAUUCAGCUGAAGGGACCAAGGUGGGCAUCGAGAGGUCUCUGUGCUCGCUGGGUGGAGCUGUGGCAGGGAGCACUGAGCCUCCAGACCUUGCUGACAGCAGAAGGGACACCCCAGCAGGCUGUGCGUGGACCAUACUCGUCUGCCUUCAGAAUGGCGAAGGAGAGGACACCAAGAGGAUUAUCCAAGUGACUUUCUUAAUUUGGGUAGGGCUGUUCCUUCUUCCAGCUUGUGGAAGCAGAUGAGGGGGCAGCAACAGAGGCUGGGGGAGCCCUCCUGCCUGAGAUAUUAAAAUGGCAACUUGCCAUGCCUACUGUUUCCCUGUAUGGGCAACAGGCUCAGGGCUAGGUCCUUCCUUUCCCUCUUUUUCCUGGGAAUAUUUUGUACAAAGACUGGAGCAGGCAUGAGGAGUGCCUAUUCCAUGCUUGCCUUUGCAAUGCCUGAAUACCCAGCAGUGGUCCUGGGCACUCCCAAGCCCAUGCAGGUCUCCCUCCGAGGCACAAGGAAGAGGAGGGAGAUGCUGUGGGGUCACGGCUCUGUCUACAUUUCAGGGGAAUGUUUCCAUUUGCCAAAUUCUAGUCCCAUGAUCUUUCCCCAAAGGGGAACAAAGGGACCUUUGACAGUUCAGAUUUAGCCCCAAUUCCUGUGCACUUCAGGGAGAGGGGUGUCUGGUCUCAUUGGUACUGUGAAAAUGCCCAGCCAGAGAGCAAGCCUCUAAGGGGGACACCAGAGAACCGGGAGCUGGACAUUCACCUGCAGGUGCCGAGGAGUGCAGGCAGCCCUGGAGGAGGAUGGUGCCAGACUGAGGGUCCGAGGUCCCAGCAUGGCCAGGACCAGCUCCCCAGGCCCCAGCACUCACUCGCUCUCUGCUGGCGAGAGGCAUGGAGCGUCUCUACCACUUCUGUUGCCAAAUAGAAAAGGGUCAGGGCACCAAGGAAGAUGACCUUGACCCCAAACCUGGCCCCCCAAGUCUGGCACUGGGGAGGGCCUGUGUGUUUGUGUUAUUGUGUGUGCAUGUUGCUCGUUGUGUGCAUCUCUGUUUUCCAGGUCUGUGUGUGUCCUUGUGCUCCAGCUCCUCAGCUCUCCACCCAGGGUUGCCUCUCUCCCAUGGUCCUCUGUCUUCUGGUAUUUUAAGGCAGGGUUUCCUGUUUCAAGGGAUGGAGAGAGAUGCCCAGGUUGCACAGGAGCGAGGUGGAGGUUGGUAGCAAAAGGAGGGUGGCCUGGGAAGAGGAGUCUUUUUUUGUGCCAAAUCCCUAAGUGCCAUUUGGGGGUCAUGUGUGCAGUAUGACUGUUUCCCUGCCUAGGACAGGGACCCAAGCACCUGCUUGAGCUCUAAUGCUCCUUGCACUUGAACUGUCCUUGGUUUGAUGGGAAGAGGCUCAGGUAUUUCCUGGGUUCCCCAGCUUGUGUCCUGGGAUGUGUUAUGCUUUGGGACUGGGGUAGCAUGGGAUCCCUCUGAGAACCCAGAUUCUGGUACUAGGGGAUGGGACAGGGAAACUUAAAGUUGGUUUUCCCAAGCCUUUGGCCUGAAUCUAGCAUGGCUAGACUAGCCCUGGCUCCCAAUCCCUGUGAAGCCUGCAAGGUCCGGUAGAAAGGUUAGGAAGUUGGACUCGAUUCUCUUCCUAUCCUUGCUUUCCUUUUUACUCCCUGCACCCUCCUUGACUCUGGCCUGAAUUAGUUGGUGCCUUGGUUUGUUUGUCUGUACCUAUUUAAGCCAGAGGCAUUAGCCUGAAUUUGCUUGAAGGCCACUUUCUUGGAUGUGACUAGCAAGGCAGAGGAGAAAAGGGUUGGAAGGUGGACAGAGCAAAUAGUACUCUUGCCCUCCCUUAUGUUCCUUCUGCCACCAGCUCUGCAUGGAGGCCUGGUUUCUGGCUUGGUACUGUCUGCCUUGGGAUCUCCAUGUGUCAGCCAAAUGGACUACCAGGCACUUCAUUAGCCAAGGCAGAGGAGGGAAAAUACUAUUUCCAGACAGAAAAUUGACUCCCCUUUCUCUGGCCAUAUCCUGGGGACUACUUGGUGCCAUGGGAUAGGGGUGAGAUACGUAAGUAAGCUGGAGUGUGAAGACCUCAGCUUGGGUGACCUGUCUCUGCUUCUUGACAGGAAGGAGGGGCCUGUCCACACCUUGGCCCCCUGUACCACAGUGCCAGCCAUGUCCUUCCCCUGGGUUACCAUUGUCCCUUUCCUCACCGGAUGGUGGAGGAGUCAGGGUAUGGAGGCCAUGGGUUCUGGUUUUAUAAUGUAACCACUGUGGGAGUGGGGAAGGGUAGUGUACCAUGUAUUUCAGUGAAAUAUUUAAUAUAUUUAAAUAUCAAUAAAAUCAAACUCUUUGUAA